GUUAAUUAGAUCCCCUCAAAAUUUCACAAUGUCAAAUUUAAAAACCGUAUCGGACGACCAAGAUUUCGAAGGGCGUCUUUCCUCCGCCGGGAAUGACUUGGUCGUCGUAGACUUUUUUACCACGUGGUGCGGCCCUUGCAAAAAGAUGGAGGGGACGAUCGUCUCUCUCGCCAUGAAAUACCCGUCCGUCCUAUUUCUCAAGGUGGACGCGGAUCAAUGUUUCGAAACUGCGAUGCGACACAACCUCAAAGGCGUUCCACUCUUUGUGCUGUAUCGAAAUAUGGAAAUUUUAGACCAACUCCAGGGCGCCCAACCCCAACUGCUCGACGAUAAGAUCCUUUUCGCCGAAGCAGAGCAUCGCCAUCGUGGUUUUGCUCGGAGUACGGACGAAAACUUUCUGGCUAAACAGAUGGCUUCCUUACCAGACGUCGGACCCGUGUCGGAAGUGACCUCCUUCCUGGAGACGACCGGGUGUCGUGUGAUUAACGACUUGUCCCCAUCCUCCUUCGACUCGUUCCUCUCGGGAAAGAAACUCAUUUCAGGAAAAGGGUCGGGAAAAUUACUGCUCGUUUACACCUUCAAGGAGAAAUUGAUCCUCCACUCGUUCAUUAUAAAAGCCAAGGCCGACAGUGGUCCUAAAGUUCUCCGUUUUUUCGCCAAUCAUCCCAAAAUCCUGGACUUUCAGGUCGCUGGACAACUCGCACCGUCGCAGGAAGUGACCCUCUGUCCAGACGACCUGACUGGCGAAAGAGCCAUCGAACUCCGUGCCGGAGGUUUCAAUUUGGUCACAAAUCUGCAAAUAUUUAUCGCCGAUGUAAUGUCGACAACAUGGCGACCAUCCGGCUACCAUAAAGUGGAAGUCGACUCUUUAAAGAUUUUCGGCGCCCCGGUCGUCUUGAAGGAAAGAGAGAGCGUCCAACUUCCAACUUUCUCUUCCGCAGCGUCACAUCCAAAUACUAUCGGCGAAACUUCUGUCGCCGAACAAGGAGAAAACGUCGCCCAAGAAAACAACCACUCCUUCCCGCAAAAUAAUGACUGCGAUCCUGCCAGUGGUGCGUGUUCCAUCGAAAUGCGAAAAAGUGGACCGUACGCCGAACCUCCACUAAAUCCUAGAGAACAUUUCAUGUUUGGCAGUAGCGACACUACCACCACCACCACAAAAAAUAAUUAUCACCACGACCCGUCCGCCAUUACAAAAGCGAUGCCUCCACUUCCGGUUCCAAUUUCCACAAAUUCCGGUCCCUUUUCUCAAAGUUCCAAUUUGCAAGAAGUAAUUACCGAAAACCUGAAAAAUCUUAGGAUAUCGGAAACCCUUGUGGAAGAACCAUCAGCUCAACAACCUUCCACAAAGAAGAAUGCCCUACAAGAUACUGUCGACAACAUGAUGACGGACGACAUCCGGUCCUUCUUAUCGGAACAUAGGAGACUUCAAGGGCAAGAAGUCAAGUCAAAAUCUCGUCAGGUUUCGAAAGCGUCCUCCGUCAAGAGCAACAACAAUGCGAACAAUGGGCAUCUCCCGAACCACGAGUACAUCCUCCUCCCCCACACGAAGGGUACCGUGUCCUCGAUGAACAAGCAGGCUCAUCCCAAGGCAAAGGCGUCGCAUCAGGUAGAAAAAUUUGGACCAAACAACCAUCCCAGUGGGAAAAUGGGAAAGGGCAAGCAUGGCAAGAGUAAGGUGAAUAACAAGUCCACGUGGUGA